AUGUGCAUGCUAAUCAAUCUUGGAGCUGGCAUUUCUGGAUAUGUAUCUUUGCUGGAUCUGAUGUUUGGCAUGGCAUUCUCAGUAAUUCCACGCUUAUACUCCGACCCUACAGAUAGAUGUAUGCUUGGUUGUGGCCUCACCACCGUCACAGGACAAUUCCGAAUUUUCAACGCUUACGGUCCAACUGAGUGUUCCUUUUCGUCUAAUGAGCUCGAGGUCGCUAUCGAGAGUCAGCAAAUUACGGCAGGGAAAGCCCUUCCCAACUAUGCCAUCCAUGUCGUCGAUGAAGAAUUGAGCCCACUUCCUAUUGGAUUCCCCGGUGAAAUCUGCAUUAGCGGUGCGGGUGUUGCCAUUGGGUAUCUGAACAGUCCUGGACCUGAGCGCAGAUUCCUGAAGACCUCCUUUUCUGAAAGGGCAUAUCGAACUGGGGACAGGGGCGUGCUCCACGCCGACGGCGCUCUCGAGAUACUCGGCCGUAUUGAUGGCGACACGCAAGUGAAGCUCUGGGGUCUUCGCAUCGAGCUGCAAGACAUUGAACAUGCUAUAUUGAAAGCCGCCAAUGGACUAAUCACCGAAUCGUCGUCACCACUCACCCUCGCUGCAUCCCUACCCCUCCCACAGUACAUGCGCCCGACCACCGCCAUUGCCAUUGAUCGAAUCCCCUUGACCAACUCGGGUAAAAUUGACCGCAAGGCCCUGCAAGCCCUCCCUCUUCCCUCUAGCUCUCCACAGGAAGGCAGUCUCUGUCUUACGUCAACGGAGAACAGGCUCGCAAAGGUCUGGGAAUCCGUUCUGCCUGCUCAACCCCACGGUUUGUACACUCUAACACCAACAUCCGACUUCUUCAGCGUUGGUGGCAACUCGAUGCUUCUCAUCGAACUGCGCAACGUCGUCCGCCGUGAAUAUGAGAUCGAUUUCCCGUUGCUGCGCCUCUUUGAGUACAGCACCUUGUCCGCCAUGGCCUCGGCCAUUCAUUCCACCUCCGAGGCGGACAAGCCUUUCACGAUAGACUGGGUCUCUGAAGCAGCAAUCCCUUCCUCACUGCUCGCUGCUGAACCCUCGCCACUAGGAGUGAAUCGCAUUCGCCGCCCUCCGCAGGUCGUGCUUCUCACUGGUGCCACAGGUCGUCCUCCACUCCACGCAGGUGACCUCGCCCUUCCAAACCUCGGUCUCUCUUCCGCUACGUUCGCCGCCCUUUCCAGCUCGGCAGAUGCCAUCAUUCACAACGGCGCCGAUGUCUCCUUUUUGAAGACCUAUGAAUCCUUGCGCGCUGCAAACGUCGACGCCACUAAGACACUCGUUGAGAUGGCACUGCCGAGAAAUAUACCUGUCCACCUUGUUUCUACGGGUACGGUUGGGAAGCUCGUGGGCGGUGACUCCCUGGCGCCAGAGUCUCUGGCGCAGUUCUCACCGUCUGAGUGGUUUAAGGAUGGCUAUGCGGCCAGCAAGUGGGUGAGCGAAGUAUUUUUGGAAAACAUUGGAAGGGACCUUGGACUACCGGUAGUAAUUCAUCGUCCGUCCAGUAUUACAGGUGAUGGAGCAGACGAAAUGGAUGUUGUCGCGAACGUGCUUCGAUAUGCCAACUUACUCAAGGCGGUACCGGAGUCUGCAGGAUGGACCGGGGCUGUGGAUUUGGUCUCGGUCGAGAAAGUGGUUCAGGGAAUCAUUGGUUCCGUGUUCGAGAACGCAGAAGGGAUUGCAUUUGUGCAUCAUUCCGGAGAAAAGGUGGUUCCUGCAGGCAAUGUCGGGGAGAUCUUGACAAACGCUGGGAAGGACGAAUGGGAGAUUUUGGGUAUGCAGGAGUGGGUGGAACAGGCUGUGGAGAAGGGAAUGAAUCCCCUGAUUGGGGAGUUCUUGAAGGCAGCAAGCAGGGGACAGGGGCUACAGAUUGGACAGAGACUCCUGUAA